GAUUUAUGUGACCUUUGUCACGGCAUCCUAAAAUAAUGUGGAUUCAAUUUUUCGGAUUCGCUGGCUCAUUCGGACACCCCCAAAGCCCCAAACAGACACAAACAGCAGGCGUCGCUCCGUGCUGAAGCAGGCAGGCAGCCAGAAAUGGCUCCCGAAAUUCCAUAACACAACGAGAGCGGCACUACUUCUCUCCACUAAUUCCGCCUUUCCUUCCUUGUUUUGGAUCUCCGUUCUUCCACAAUCUUUCUCCUCUAUAGAUUCGCUUCCCUUUUUUUUCCCCCUAGCGAGCGCAGCUCUGCUAACUCCGAAAAUCCUCUUAUUUUUCGCACCCAUUGUCCGCCUUAAUUAUCGAACCGUCCUUUCCAAGGUUUGAGUUCACGAGCAGAGCAGCAGCUCUCCCCUCGCCGCCAUUUCUCCCUUUUCCUGGUCGACAUCGUAAUCCUUGUUUCCGCUCUGAUCUUUUGUCCAGUUCCCCUGCUCGAUUGCUGCUGGAGAAUCAAAGAGAGUUCGUAAUCGCGUUGAUUUCGUCGGCGCGGUGAGCUAGUGCUUGUUCUUCCCGUGCGAUUCAAUGCCUGAGUUGAUUUCUGCCAUCACAGAUUCUGAUCCUGCUUGAUUCCUCUGUCUGUGCAGUAGUAGUUGGCUCACUCGUUGGCCGAUAGCGGAGGCGUGUUUGGCUGUUCCGUCGAUUGAGCUGGUGCCGCGGUGCUGGAAAGGGAGAGAGCUCGGAGCUGGAGAAUGGAGGAUAGAGGAGGGUCCUUUGUCGCUGUCAGAAGGAUAUCUCAAGGUCUGGACCGAGGCAACAGCGACUGCCAUUCAAGUUCUGCCGAGGUUGUAGCAGGGUCUGCUGCAUGGCUUGGUCGUGGCCUUUCUUGCGUUUGUGCUCAAAGAAGAGAGAGUGAUUCCCGUCCCUCAUUUGAUUUAACCCCUGCCCAGGAAGAAUGCUUGCAGCAAUUACAGAGUCGUAUAGAUGUUCCAUAUGAUAGUUCAGUCCCUGAGCAUCAGGAAGCUCUGAGGGCAUUAUGGAAUGCUGCUUUCCCUGAAGAGGAGCUACGUGGUUUGAUAUCUGAGCAAUGGAAGGAGAUGGGUUGGCAAGGGAAGGAUCCGUCCACAGAUUUUAGGGGUGGUGGUUUCAUAUCAUUGGAGAACUUGGUAUACUUUGCUAGGAAUUUCCCGCAAUCAUUCCAGGAUCUUCUUCAAAAGCGGGAAGGUGAUCGUUCAGUUUGGGAAUACCCAUUUGCUGUAGCUGGUGUGAAUAUCACAUUCAUGCUAAUUCAGAUGCUUGAUCUGGAAGCAGUCAAGCCACGGAGUUUGGUAGGAGCAACAUUCCUGAAGUUCCUCACUGAAAAUGAAUCAGCGUUUGAUCUCCUUUACUGCAUGACGUUCAAGCUAAUGGAUCAGCAAUGGCUUACCAUGCGUGCAUCAUACAUGGACUUCAAUGCUGUUAUGAAAUCCACACGAAGGCAACUGGAAAGGGAACUUUUGGCAGAAGACAUAACACGGCUAGAAGAAAUACCCUCGUACAGCCUUCUUAAACGGUAGUAUACGAUAUGAUGAGAUUUGCGGCGAGUUUACUAAUUUCCUGUAAACAGCAUGAUGUUAGCCGGACAUUGGGCAUUCAUCGUGUCCUUUUAUUUUCUUGUGAUGGCUCCACUAUCUUCUCCUGGUUUCGUCUAACCAGACGAAAGUUAUACCCGAAAUAUGCUGAGUUUGCUGAAUAUAACUCAGAGACCCUCUGUUGUGUCAGGGUGAAUGUGAGACCGGAAUGAGGUCUAAGUGAGUUUUAAUACAGAAACUAGAUUCAAUACCCGCGGCUACGCCGCAGGAACUAAAGUAGUUGCAGCAUAAUUAUAUGGUGGCCAGUUCAGUAACGACAAACUCAGGAUCGUGCUACUGGCAACAGUAAAUGUAUAGGAGACUU